AUGUCCGUCAUCGACAAAGUCGUUCAGACUCUCUCUGAUCAGAUUUCUUCUCUUUCACCUGACACAUUCUCUCCGACCACUCCUAUCUUUCAAGUGUCCAAAUUCGUUCAUCAUCUCACCACUACACCUAUUCAUCCCGUUUAUUUCCCCUAUCUGAGAUUUCAUGUAAUCCAUGCUAUCAGAGUGACGACCGUUUGGGCCAUCCUCACCAAAGGCAAGAAGAAGGGCGGAAGACUGCAAGAUCUAUUUGGUUAUUUGGUUAUGGCCUGGGGAGGAAGUACUGUUAUUUCAAUGCUACUUAAUAGACCUCCAACAUGGUUAAUAUCAUCAACACCUUGGAUAAUCUAUCCUUCAAUAUAUACACUUUUGAUUCCAACUGGAUUAUCCUCAUAUUUCGUUAAUACUUGUCCAACAAUAAUGUUCAAUGUCAUCGGUGCCUUCGUAGAUGGAAUGACAAGAGGUUCAACUAUAACAUCCCUCUCAUCACUCUUAACCACUCACUCUAUCGGUCACACAGAAUCAGGAACGAACAUUUGGGCAUAUACUUUAUUGAGUGCUUUAGCUGUAUCUUCAGGUGGAUUAUUAGUUGGUUUAUUAGGAUUAAACGAAAAUGAUUGGAAACUUUCUACACCCAAUUUACUUAAAGGUGGAUUUUUGACUACAUUAGAUGCUUGGAGUGCAUCCUUAAUAGGAAUAUUAUGGUUGACUUUGACUCGUCAAAAUACAUCCUUGAACCCUUUGAGCAAUAUGUUCGAAGCGGUUCUACCACAUGAAUUGAAAAUCACUUCUUCAACACAAGGGAAAUUCAUAGAUACCACUCACGCUGGAUCAAUUUGCGUCUUAAUACUUGGCAGUCUAUUAGCAACAAGAGCCAUUAUCUUAUCGUGGAAAACAACAAACGACAAAUCCAAACAGAUUAAAGUCGAUAAGAAAUCUGAGUUAUUCAUAAUCGAUGAAAAGCAAAACAACAAAAAUCGAAAGGAAAAAGUCAUAAAAACACCUGUAAAAGUGAAUAAAGAAAGUAUUAGCAAUAGCAGUAAACUUACACCUAGAAAAAGCCCAAGAGCGAAAUCAAAGUAA